AUCAUGCCCGUGACCGGACGUGGGAUUCAGUGCAAUUUCUGCUCAUUUAUGGAUUGCUUCAGGUUGAUGAGGCAAGCCUCACAGCCGGAAUCCAACGAGAUGCUCUUUGUGGGACAUGAAGUGGCCACUGAGGCGGUGUCCAUCGCGGCCAACCUGCCGAACGAGACGCGGCAGCCGCAGGAGCCCCUGCGACCCAGGAGGCAGCGGCCUCCCUUCCCGGGCGUUCCGGUGGACCCCGCCUCGGUUGGUCUGGAGCUACU